AUGUCUACACCGCACAUCCCACCUGUAACGAUAGAAGACCUACAAGCAUUUCAAGCUAAACACUUUCCCGGAAGUACUCGGUCCCUUGUAUCUGAGUAUACCUACAAUGAAAAUGUAACGGACGAGCUGGCAGUCGAUGACGACGGCCUUGGAUACUACCCCGAUGGUGUGAAGCGCACCCUGACGGACGAGCAGAUCGAAAUAUUCAGACAUAGUGAGAUACACUCACUUAUGCGCGAAAGACUACUUAAAGAAGAGGAGGAGGUGUAUCAGAAAGCUGCUGAAAUCAAUGAGAUUAAGGAUAAUCAAGCAGAUGACAAAGACACUUCUGCAAAGCGCUCUGGUGUCGUUGGUGAAACUGAUCAAUCGACAGGCGAGGAUCAACAAGCGAGAACUCUGCAGUCUGAUACCAGGCAGUCCGUGGCCAGGAACCGAACCGUAGAUAAUAGUUCGGACCCUACGCUGGACUAUGAUGAAGACGCUUCUGAAGAUACCUGCAAGCCUGCUCCAUCAGCUGCCGGAUUCUUCGACGAAAAUACGAAAUGGAGCUAUGAUGAACUUUUGGCAUUAUCUAAACCCGCUAUUACUCGACUACGGUCGGGUCUUCUGAAAGCCUAUAUAGUGUUCCGUGAGUCUCCUCCCCUUGACCCUGGUUCUUCAGCUAUGAUGAAACUCUUCGUAUCAGUCAUCCUUAGUCGGAUCGCCAUACCAUCUGCGGAUGUGGCUCGGUUGCGUACGGUUCGAGACAUUGCACGGCAAAUGUACUAG